AUGACGGAUCCUUCUCCUGCUAGCCUAGUUGCCCUCCUCACCAAACCACCCGCAACGUCUACCUCCCCACCAGAAGUGCCCAGCGGCACCGUAUCACUGUUUGUGGACGACAACUGGUCCAGCACAAGAUUGGACUUGUAUAUAGAUGAUUACGCGCCAAGCCAACGUCACACCUUCAAAUCUUCUAUGCUGGAUGCAGCCACCUGGGUCGCGUUCAACUUGCCCAUUGGCACAGUGAUGACCUUAAUGGAUAAUUAUGUGUCAAAUUCCGCAGGACAGUCGGUCGCCGAUCUUAGUGACUGUGGCCGAUGCGUCGACCUAGUCGGCACUGGAAACACAGAAUCGCUUGAUCUCUGGGCCAUGCAUAUGAAUGACAUCGUUUCCUGCUUUUUCUGGCGGACGGUAGAUCUCAACAUGGGUGCCGUCGAGAUGUUUGAGGAUGUCGGCUUCAGUGGUGGCCGUACGACGAUCUUCUUGAGCGAAUGGAGCCCCGGUACUAUUGUGAACGUCGAGAAGUGGUGGCUGCAAGACUCAAUUUCCUCAGUCCGCUGGAAGACUCUCGAUGACCGACAGGAGUUCACACUUUACGACAACUUCGACGGCACAGGGAACAGAUACUCUAACAUUAAGGGCUGGGGCAGAACCAAAGAACUCUCGGAUCUAGGAGACGACGCCUCCUUCAACGAUGAGAUGAGCUCAUUUAGCUGGAUCGGCGUCAACCCAGUGAAAGAAAUCAUUGAGCCGUUCAACGUUGUGAUAAGCAGCACAUCUUCCUCAUCCGGUCUAGUAUCAUCCAUCUCCGGAACCAACAACAGCACGAUACCGCAACCCGUCACUGUGACACUCACCAACACCGACGCCCAGACAUUGACCAUCACAACGACGGAUCAACAGGUGCAAUCCAUCACUUCGACACAAACGAUGUCAGAGAAAGCAGGAGUCCCUGGCGUGGAUGAGGUCACGGCUACAUGGGCGAUAGCCCUUGCCUAUAGCUACACGACGACUGAUACCAAGUCAACCACGGAUACGACGACUAUUGCUCUGGCUAUCUCGGAGACGGUCAAUGCGCCACCAGAAUCUUCUUAUACGGCGACAUUGCUGGUUAGUAUUGGGAGGAUACCUCCUACGGUUUAUACAACCACCGCCCAGCGUUGGUAUGCAGUUCCGGUGACAGGAGGCGUGGAAGAUCCGACGAACAAUAAUUUUUACCUGCGAGUCGAACCGGUGUCAGUCUCUGUCAGUGGUAGUCUUGCAAGUAAUACCACUAUCAAUAUCGUAUCGACGCCUUUGACUAGUUCUUAA